AUGAACUGCAAGGGCGAAGGUCUGUCGAUAACAAAUGGUAGGAACUCACGCUAUAUCUCGGAUAGUUCUUCCGAUCCGAAUGAGACAAUCGAACCAUUGGCUCUUGUGAUCGAUCAGUCGGCGGUCUAUGCUAGGCGUCUUCGAUCCAAGACAGCAAGAUUUACAGAACCUAACUAUAUUUCAGAUCCAAAGUUCGAAGUCAUUUUUGAACGAAUGGGAGAUGAAGUAGUCCUUGCGAGAAAUACUGACGAACUUAUCGAGAUCUUUGCAAUAUUUCGGACGCUCGGUCAUGUGUCGAUUUCAUUGGAUAUUGACGAUUUCGCCGUAGAUCAUCUGCGAACGCAAGGAAGACUGCCGACGUUUUCGUUGUCGUUCCUUGGAAAGGUGAUCACGAUAAAGAAACUUGAAUGGGACUGUGACGUUGAAGUGAAACUGACCGAUCUCCCUAGGGGCAACUCAAAACUAGACCGUAUAAUUCAAGAUGAAGAAACAGCUACUAACUUACUACUGGAGAAAAUGUGGAAUGUUCGGAAAAUCCUAACUCAAUAA